GCGGCCGCGUGGAGAAGGCCGAGGCUCUCCUCGACUACCUCCUGAAUGCGAUGCGCGCUCCUCUGGUGGGCGCCUCGGCGCCCUCUCCCGACAGCGAAGUGCAGACCAUUGACCCGAGCGAGGCCCCCUUCGCCAAGUCCGAGUGCCACUUCGACCCGCUGAGCUUCUUGGCUGGCAAGCCCGGCGACCUCCUGCAGUACUUGAAGCAGAGGGAUAACAUUGGGGGCCUGGAGCUGGUGGCCGAGGCCGACUCCUCACCGGCCCUGCGAGGCACCUUCUUUCCCGUGUUCGAGUACUCGAACACGCAAAGGGUCGUCUUCAACCGGAUCGCCCGUGACGCGGCCGAGCUGUGGCUGAGCGGCUUCUCCAAGCUUUCCCCGAGCGCCGCCGUGCUGGCGGUCUUGGGGGUGCCCGCAGGCCACGUCCUGCGCGAGUGGGCCGACGACCUUCAGGACUUCUACCCGGCCUUCGACUGCGCCCGCGAGAUGGCUUUCUCCAGCGACGUGGUCCUCCCGCUCCCGCCGAGGCUCUACGAGGGCUUCGCCGCGCUGGACAG